AACUUUAACGAGCCAAUUAUUACGCUUGAAUUUGCCACGUGGCAUUUUCUGAUGGAUUGUUGCGUCGCAGACGAUCUCACCCUUGCCCGCCUCAAAAUCAAUUAUUAAUUAAAAGAAAAAAGAAAAAGAAAAAGAAAAAGGGUUCAAAUUGUUCCUUUUCGUUACACAUCGUCUUCUUCACCAGUGAUUUGUAUUUGAACCAAGAAAAGGAGCGAUUCUUCGUUUCUAGAAUUUUCCCUCCCAGAGAAGAAGCGAAGCCCUAAACGUGAAUUCUCUCCGGUAACAAUGUCGACAAAGAAUCUGCGUUUUCCCGUUUCUUCUUCGACGAUGCCUUCUUCGGCUAAACGGAACUCUUCUUCCUCUUCCUCUUCUUUGUCGGCGAAUCCCGUCAAGGAGAGUGCGUUUCGCCGGACGGAAGCGGGCAAGAAGCGAGCGCCUCUCGGCGACAUCACCAACCGCCGUGAUUUCUCCGGUGACGUCUCCGAUCAGAAGAAUGGCCCGCGAAGCUCUGCUUCGUCCUCUGCAAUGGUACAUUCUUCAGGCACGAUUUGCCAAUCGAAGAACGCAACGAACCCUGAUUCAGUUCGUCCUGAGGAUUCAGAAAUUCCUCGAAGUUAUCUUCCUCCCAAAGUAAAUGCUAAAGCGAACACGAUGGUUCCUUACAAGGCUACCGGUUCUGCGAAUUCGGAUUUUUGUAGAACAUAUGAUGCCGUCUCUAGUCUUCCUCCACUUCCCUCUUCAUCACGAGCAGCCAUGGACGCGUCUCCAGCUCGUUCAGACCUGGAUUCGGUUUCUCUGGACGAGUCAAUUUCCACCUGCGACUCUUUCAAGAGCCCAGAAGUUGAGUACAUGGACAACAUUGAUGAUCCUCUCGAGAGGAAGUGUCCGAGCAGUCUCGGUAAAAAUGACGAGAUCAUUAUCAUGGGCAACAAAUCUACAGAUCCGCAGAUUUGUGCUGCAUAUGCUAGUGAUAUAUACAAGCAUUUGCGGUUUUCCGAGCUGGCGAAAAGACCGUCUCUAGAUUUCAUGGAGACGAUACAGAAAGACAUCAAUGCCGGCAUGCGAGCAGUACUGGUCGAUUGGCUCGUGGAGGUUGCUGAAGAGUAUAGGCUGAUACCCGAGACGUUGUAUUUGUCGGUGAACUACAUAGAUCGGUACCUUUCCGGCAAUGUGAUAAACAGGCAAAAGCUGCAAUUACUUGGUGUUGCAUGCAUGAUGAUAGCUGCAAAGUACGAGGAGAUAUGCCCUCCCCAAGUGGAGGAGUUCUGUUACAUCACUGACAACACUUACUUCAAGAACGAGGUUCUGGAGAUGGAGUCCUCUGUUCUGAACUACCUAAAGUUCGAAAUAACGGCUCCGACCGCAAAAUGUUUCCUAAGGCGAUUUGUUCGAGCUGCUCAGGGAACAAACGAGGUACUCUGUCAUGUCCAGAUCGAGUUUCUCCAUGUUUAUUCUGUCGGCAUGUCCAAUCGGAUAAGUCAUUUUCAGGUACUGCCGGUACAGCUAGAGUGUCUGGCCAGUUAUCUAGCCGAGUUAUCCCUCCUCGAUUACGCUAUGCUCCAAUAUCUUCCCUCACUUGUCGCCGCCUCCGCAGUUUUCUUGGCAAGAUACAUACUAGAACCUUCAAGAAAACCAUGGAACUCAACGUUAGGGAAUUACACGUUGUACAGUGGCAAAGAUCUGAGGGAUUGUGUCAAGGAUCUUCUUCGGCUGUAUCGUGAUGGUACUCGUCACUCGUGUAGCGUACCUGCCGUGAGGAAGAAGUAUAGUCAGCACAAAUACAAGUUUGCUGCAAAGAAGUUUUGCCCGGCCUCAGUUCCACCGGAGUUCUUCCUGGGCUAGGGUUCCUCUGCAACUGCUACACAUUACUCUAUUAGACAUCGUUGGUAAUAUCUGUCUUUUGAUGUACAUAAAUCCUUGGUUUGUUGAAACAAUGUUUACCUUCAGGAGAAUACCUAGUUUGACAAAUUUUUAUA